GGAGAGUCCCACCUCCAACAUCUCCCGUAAGCCUGGCAAUGGCAGGCAGGAAAGACAGAGGAAGGAAGGUGGGAGAACGGAAGGAGUGUAGGAAGGAGUGAAAAAGGGGAGUCUACACCCUGUGGAGCUCAAGAUGGUCCUGAGUGGGGCGCUGUGCUUCCGAAUGAAGGACUCGGCAUUGAAGGUGCUUUAUCUGCAUAAUAACCAGCUUCUAGCUGGAGGGCUGCAUGCAGGGAAGGUCAUUAAAGGUGAAGAGAUCAGCGUGGUCCCCAAUCGGUGGCUGGAUGCCAGCCUGUCCCCCGUCAUCCUGGGCGUCCAGGGUGGAAGCCAGUGCCUGUCAUGUGGGGCGGGGCAGGAGCCGACUCUAACACUAGAGCCAGUGAACAUCAUGGAGCUCUAUCUUGGUGCCAAGGAAUCCAAGAGCUUCACCUUCUACCGGCGGGACAUGGGGCUCACCUCCAGCUUCGAGUCGGCUGCCUACCCGGGCUGGUUCCUUUGCACGGUGCCUGAAGCCGAUCAGCCUGUCAGACUCACCCAGCUUCCCGAGAAUGCCAGCUGGAAUGCCCCCAUCACAGACUUCUACUUCCAGCAGUGUGACUAGGGCAACGUGCCCCCCAGAACUCCCUGGGCAGAGCCAGCUCGGGUGAGGGGUGAGUGGAGGAGACCCAUGGCGAACAAUCACUCUCUCUGCUCUCAGGACCCCCACGUCUGACUUACUGGGCACCUGGUCACUUUCUCUUCUGGUUCCCAGUUUGGAUAAAUUCUGAGAUUUGGAGCUCAGUCCACGGUCCUCCCCCACUCGAUGGUGCUACUGCUGCGGAACCUUGUAAAAACCAUGUGGGGUAAACUGGGAAUAACAUGAAAAGAUUUCUAUGGGGGUGGGGAGGGGGACUGGUGGGAAUCAUUCCUGCUUAAUUGUAACUGAUCAGUGCUACCCUGAGCCCCGCAGGCCAACCUGUCCCCACUUGAGCCUUAUAGGGUCAGUAGCUUUCCACACGAAGUCCUGUCACUCACCAUUGUGCAGGAGAGGGAGGUGGUCAUAGAGUUAGGGAUCCAUGGCCCUUGGCCCAGCCCCACCCCCUUCUCUUUAAUCCUGCCACUGUCAUAUGCUACCUUUUCUAUCUCUACCCUCAUCCUCUUGCUGUGGGCAUGAGGAGGUGGUGAUGUCAGAGGAAAUGGCUCGAGCUCAGAAGAUAAAAGAUAAGUAGGGCAUGCCAAUCCUGUUUUAAAAACCCAAGAUACAAUCAAAAUCCCAGAUGCUGGUCUCUAUUCCCAUGAAAAAGUGCUCAUGACAUAUUGAGAAGAGCAACUUACAAAGUGGCAUAUAUUGCAAUUUAUUUUAAUUAAAAAAAUGCCUAUUUAUAUAUUUCUUCAUAGAAAAAAGUCUGGAAGAGUUUACUUCAAUUGUAGCAAUGUCAGGGUGGUGGCAGUAUAGGUGAUUUUUCUUUUAAUUCUUUUAAUUUAUUUGUAUUUCCUAAUUUUUCUACAAUGAAGAUCAAUUGCUUGUAUAAUAAUAAGAAAAGAAAUUAAUCUUGAGGUAAGUAGAGUAGAUAUCAUCUCUGAUUGUCCUCAGCCUCCACUUCCCCAGAGUUAAAUUCAAAUUGAGUCGAGCUCUGCUGCUCUGGUUGGUUGUAGUAGAGAUCAGGAAACAGAUCUCAGCAAAGCCACUGAGGAAGAGGCUGUGAAGAGUUUGUGUGGCUGGAAUCUCUGGGUAAGGAACUUAAAGAACAAAAAUCAUCUGGUAAUUCUUUCCUAGAAGGAUCACAGCCCCUGGGAUUCCAAGGCAUGGGAUCCAGUCUCUAAGAAGGCUGCUGUACUGGUUGACUUGUGUCCCCCUCAAAUUCACAUCCUUCUUGGAAUCUCAGUCUGUGAGUUUAUUUGGAGAUAAGAUCUCUGCAGAUGCAGUUAGUUAAGAUGAGGUCAUGCUGGAUGAAGGUAGACAUAAAUUCAAUAUGACUGGUGUCCUUGUAUGAAAAGGAGAGGACACAGAGACACAGGAGAUGCGGGGAAGAAGACUGUGUAAAGAUGAAGGCAGAGAUUGGAGUUUUGCGGCCACAAGCCAAGAAACACCAAGGAUUGUGGCAACCAUCAGAAGCUUGGAAGAGGCAAAGAAGAAUUCUUCCCUAGAGCCUUUAGAGGGAUCACUGCUCUGCUGAAACCUUAGUCUCAGACUUCUAGCCUCCUGAACAAAGAAAGAAUAAAUUUCGGCUGUUUUAAGCCACCAAGGACAAUUGGUUACGGCAGCUCUAGGAAACUAAUACAGCUGCUAAAAUGAUCCCUGUCUCCUCGUGUUCACAGUCUGUGUGUGUCCCCUCCCACAAAGUACCAGAGUUGUCUUUGUGACCAAUAGAAUAUGGCAGAAGUGAUGGCAUGCCACUUCCAAGAUUAGGUUAUAAAACACACUGCAGCUUCUACUUGAGCCCUCUCUCUCUGCCACCCACCGCCCCCAAUCUAUCUUGGCUCACUCGCUCUGGGGGAAGCCAGCUGCCAUGCUAUGAGCAGGCCUACAAAGAGACUUAUGUGGUAAAAAAUGAAGUCUCCUGCCCACAGCCACAUGAGUGAACCUAGAAGCAGAGACUCUGUGAGAUAAUCAAUGUUUCUUGUUUUAAGUUGCUCAGUUUUGGUCUAACUUGUUAUGCAGCAAUAGAUAACUAAUAUGCAGAGAAAGAGAAA